AUGUCUCCAAGAAGAUCAGUUCGAAUCAACGGCAAUACAAACAUCCACGUGGAUGUAGCUCCAGCACCCGCAAGGGGCGUAGGCCGAGCUGAUGGUCGACGCGGAGGUCGACGUGGAGGCCAAAGUGGUAGGGGAGGUAGACAAGGAGCAUCGGUAGCACCGGUAGAUGAAGUAGCACUCGAACAACAACAAGCACCUCCCAAUGCUCAAGCUGAGAUACUCCGAGAAAACGCUCGUAUACGUGAGGAGCUAACUCAAGAAAUUGCAAGGCUACGAGCUCAGAAUGAGGAGUUACGCAAGAAUCAAAAUCCACUCGUUAAAAACCUAGCUCUUCAACCAGCUGCAUUGAAUCCAGAACCAAUACAGCGUUUUAAACCUGUGUACGAGCGAUUCAGGAAACAACAACCACCAAUAUUCAAUGGGAGCUUGGACUCACUUGAAGCUGAGGAAUGGUUGCGCUCAGUGGAGUCCAUAUUGGAAUAUAUGGACCUCAAUGAUAGGGAAAGAGUAUCCUGUGCUGCCAGCCUACUUAAAAAGGAUGCACGGAUCUGGUGGGAAGUAGUAAGACAGAGUCGCAACAUAACAACUAUGACCUGGUUGGACUUUGUUGAUGUGUUCAACAGGAAGUACUGCAGUGCCGCUAUACUGGCUGCAAAAGAAGAUGAGUUUAUGAAUCUGAGGCAGAACAAUUUCACUGUCACGGAGUAUGCUAGGCAAUUUGACCGUCUGGCAAAGUUUGCACAAGAGAUCGUACCAACCGAGGCCCUUCGGGUCAAAAGGUUCUUCAAGGGGAUGAACCCCAUGAUUAAAAAAGAUGUGAAAAUCAUGGUGGGGACCAACACAGUUUAUGCUGAGGUGUUAGAAAAAGCUCUCGAAGCUGAGUUGCUCGAAAAUGAUAUAAAGAAGGAGAAUGCGUCUAAGUGGGAAGCCCGAAGAAACAAUGAAGGAAAUCAAGAGAAUAAGAGAAAACACGAGGGAAAUCACGGUAAUGAUCGUGAUAAAAAGGGGAAAGCAGUGGUCCAAAAUAACAACAAUGGGGUGAAAAGGUCCUAUGUAGAAUUCCCAAUUUGCCCCACAUGCAAUAGGAAACAUCUUCGGGAGUGUAAGAUGAAGUCAGGGGGUAUUGAUAGUAUUGAUAAGCCAUGCGACCUACUUAGAUGUGGUAUUGUGACAGAAUUACCCUCAGCAGAAACCAUGCUAUCAACAAGAAGAAUGCGAGAUGUACCUAUAAUAAUCGAAAGCAAAGAACUCAUGGGCGACCUAAUAGAGCUGGAAAUGAAGAUAUAUGAUGUUAUACUUGGGAUGGAUUGGCUAUCUAGUCACGGCGCAACAAUCAAUUGCCGAAAGAAACUGGUCGUUUUUGAAACAAAGGCUGGGGAUCGGUUUAUUUUCAAGGGCGACAAGCUGGCCCUUAGGACUCCAUUAAUCUCUUCCCUAAAAGCUAGUCAGCUAAUGAAGGCGGGGUGUCUGGCAUUCUUGGUCAGCAUAGUGGAUCGAGCAAUAGAGAGGCAACUAAAUGUGGAGAAUGUGCACAUAGUCUGUGAAUUUCCGGAGGUCUUUCCAGAAGAUCUACUAGGACUACCUCCAGAUAGAGAGGUGGAGUUCGUCAUUGAAUUAACCCCAGUGACUAAUCCAAUUUCAAAGGUUCCAUACAGAAUGGCACCUAAUGAGUUAAAAGAGCUUAAAAUACAAAUACAGGAGCUCUUAGACAAAGGGUUCAUUAGACCGAGUUACUCACCUUGGGGUGCGCCGAUACUCUUCAUCAAGAAGAAAGAUGGAAGUAUGAGGAUGUGUGUGGACUACCGUGAGCUCAACAAGGUGACCAUCAGGAAUAAGUACCCUCUACCAAGGAUUGACGAUCUCUUUGAUCAAUUGCAAGGCUCGGCUGUGUUCUCAAAGAUAGAUCUAAGAUCUGGGUAUCACCAGCUGAAGGUCCGGAAGGAAGACAUACCCAAGACAGCAUUGAGAACACGAUAUGGACACUAUGAGUUUUUGGUAAUGUCUUUCGGACUAACUAAUGCCCCAACAGCCUUCAUGGAUAUGAUGAAUAGGGUGUUCAAGGAGUACCUAGAUAAGUUUGUUGUUGUAUUCAUUGAUGACAUUCUUAUCUACUCCAAAACUAUGGAGGAACAUGAGGAACACCUAAGGAUGACUCUAAACCGACUUAAGGAGAACCAAUUAUAUGCCAAAUUCAAGAAAUGUGAAUUCUGGUUAGAGAAGGUGGCAUUCCUAGGCCAUAUAGUUUCCAAAGAUGGAGUCGAGGUGGAUCCUACAAAGAUUGAAGCGGUCAAGAGCUGGCCAACACCUAAGACUGCAAGUGAAGUAAGAAGCUUCUUGGGUCUCGCUGGUUACUAUAGACGCUUUGUUGAAGGAUUUUCCAAGAUCGCAACUCCUCUAACCAACUUAACUCGAAAGACGUAG